AGCGGCAGGAGGCCCAAUUCGGGGUUCGUGACCCCGUCGGGGGCGGGAUCGAGCGGCGCGGGGGGACAGACCGGAGCAGCAUCUACUUCCUGCUCCGGGGGACGCGAGAGAGAGAAGCGACAGAAGACGGGCUUUGCGCCACAGCCGCGACUCGGACAGAGGGGCAGCCCCAGCAGUGCCAUGGCUGAUGGAAGGAUUUACGUAGGAAACCUUCCGACUGACGUGCAGGAGAGGGACAUCGAGGACCUUUUUUUUAAGUAUGGGAAGAUCCGGGACAUCGAAUUGAAGAACAACAGGGGCACGAUCCCGUUCGCUUUUGUCCGCUUCGAGGACCCAAGGGAUGCGGAGGAUGCAGUGUAUGGGAGGAAUGGCUAUGGCUUCGGGGACUGCAAGCUGCGUGUGGAGUACCCUCGCUCCUCCGCCUCGAAAUUCACUGGCCCCAUGGGAGGGGGUCCCAGGGGGCGAUUUGGGCCCCCUACUCGAAGGUCCGAGUUCCGCGUCAUAGUGACCGGCCUCCCCCCGACUGGCAGCUGGCAGGACCUGAAGGACCACAUGCGGGAGGCGGGGGACGUGUGUUUUGCUGACGUCCAGCGAGACGGAGAGGGUGUGGUGGAGUUUCUGAGGAGGGAGGACAUGGAGUAUGCACUGCGCCGACUGGACCGGACCGAGUUCCGAUCACACCAGGGUGAGACCUCGUUCAUCCGGGUCCACGAGGAGCGGGGUUCCAGCUGGGGCCGCUCACGGUCCCGGUCCAGGUCUCGCGGACGAUACUCACCCCCCUACCAAAGCCGGAGCUCCCCCCCGCCACGCUACCAGUCCCCGCCUCCACGUCGACAUUCGCUGUCCUAUCACAGCCCCCCUCCUCGCCGCCUCCCUGUACAGCACAGCCCACCACCACGCCACUACCGGUAAAAUCAGAGGUUGCACUCAUAGCUGGAAUCACCCCCCGCCCCCCCCCCCCCCCCACAGCUGGUUUCUUCCCCUUUGCUCCACACCAUCCAUGCCCCCCCCAACCCAUUUAAUUUACAUUCCACAAUCAGGACUGUCCCCAAAGAGAGAUUUGUCUCUGAAAUCACCAAGGCACCUGAGAAUCUGAGUUGGCGUGUGUGUGUGUUUGAGAGACAGACUGACAACCGUCAGAUUCGGCGUAUAGUUUUAAUGAGCUUGAUUAUUGUCCUCCAGUGUACAACCGCACAGUAUCAAAAUUGGCACAUUAUGACCCCUCAAACCUUGUCCGCCCAUUUUUUUUUUUUUUUUUUUAAUUACCACCAUCCCCUUUGUAAACAUGAACUGUUCUGAAUCCUGGUUGUGUUGUGGAUCUAAGGGUUUGAGUCCUUUCUGGACAGACCUGGCUUUUUUUUUUCCGUUAUCUAAACUUCUGUCUGUUGACAGUUAUGUGAAUUUUCUUUUGUUUUAAAUAAAAGUGGCAAAACAAUA